AUGAUCACAUCCCACAGGACUUGGGGUCUAGGAGCCGUGCCCUCCGCAAGAGCCGCCUGGAAGACAACGGACCUUCCCCUGGACGGCUGCAGGCAGGACACGCUCCCUGCCGGCAGUGGGGCAGGCGCCUCUCUCCGUGUUCCUCUGCUGCCUGUGCUGCUUCCCCAUAGAAUCCUCAGCGGGAGCUGGCCAGAAGCUGCAAAGCCCCGGGGGCUCCACCUGGCUCUGCAGGCCCUGCAGGAGGCGGUAGGUGAGCAGCAGGAGGAGAGUCGGCACCAGGCCCUGACGCCGGCCACGGAGGAGCCGCCGGCAUCGCCCCGCCAGCCGGCAUCUGCCACACCAGUGUGGGCAGCCUCCGCCAUGAACCUGGAGAAAGCCGGAGGGAGGCUCUGUGCUGGGAAACGUGCCAGCCUGCCAGCGACCCGGCCCUUCCCAGUGAUCCAGAAGGUGAUGGCCUCCAUGGCGCAUCUGCAGGAGGAGAAGCUGCGGCUGCAGGAGGAGCUGCUGGGGCUGCAGGAGCAGCUCACUGCCCGGGAGAAUGGCGAGCUCUCACGCUCUCUCCAGCUGCAAGGCCAGGUUGAUGCUCUGAAGACAAAGCUCCUGGAGCAGGCACAGGAGAUCGGCCGGCUGCGCUCAGAGCUGCGGCGGCUGGGGGGCAGCCAGGAGACCAUCGCCAGCCUCAAGUCCCAGCCCCAGCAGAUAAAGUACAUCAUCAAGACGGUGGAGGUGGAGUCAGCCAAGGUGAAGCAAGCCCUGUGCGAGAGCCAGUCCCGAAACCAGUACCUGCAGGAGCAGGUGGGGAUGCAGAGGCAGGUGCUGAAGGAGAUGGAGCAGCAGCUGCAGAGCUCCCAGAAGACGGCAGCUCAGCUCCGAGCUCAGAUUGUGAUGUACGAGGCAGAGCUGGAGCGAGCCCAUGGGCAGAUGCUGGAGGAGAUGCAGGCCAUGGAGGAGGAGAAGAACCGUGCCAUCGAAGAAGCGUUUUCCCGCGCCCAAGUGGAGAUGAAGGCAGUGCACGAAAACCUGGCGGGCGUCCGGACCAACCUGCUGACACUGCACCCAGCGCUGCGCACCCUCACCCACGACUACAACAGCCUGAAGCGUCAGGUCCGCGACUUCCCCCUGCUCCUCCAGGAGACCCUGCAGAGUGCCAGGGCUGAGAUCGGCCAGGCCAUUGAGGAUGUACACAGCACCAACCGGGAGCUGCUGCGCAAGUACCGGCGGGAGCUGCAGCUCCGCAAGAAGUGUCACAACGAGCUGGUGCGGCUGAAAGGAAACAUCCGUGUUUUUGGGCGAGUCCGCCCCAUCACAAAGGAGGACGGUGAGGGCCCAGAGGCGGCCAACGCGGUGACCUUCGACGCCGACGAUGAUGCCAUCCUGCACCUCUUGCACAAGGGGAAGCAAGUGUCCUUCGAGCUGGAUAAGGUCUUCCCCCCACAAGCAUCCCAGGAGGAGGUGUUUCAGGAGGUUCAAGCCCUGGUGACCUCCUGCAUCGAUGGCUACAACGUCUGCAUCUUUGCCUAUGGGCAGACAGGGGCAGGGAAAACCUACACGAUGGAGGGAACAGCAGCAAACCCCGGGAUCAACCAGCGGGCCCUGCAGCUCCUCUUCUCUGAGGUGCGGGGCAAGGCAGCUGACUGGGACUACGCCAUCAGCGUCAGCGCCGCUGAGAUUUACAACGAGGCACUCAGGGACCUGCUGGGGAAGGAGCCACAGGAGAAGCUGGAGAUUAGGCUGUGCCCUGACGGCAGCGGGCAGCUCUACGUGCCCGGCCUGACUGAGUUCAGGGUGCAGAGCGUGGAGGACAUCAACAAGGUCUUCGAGUUCGGCCACGUCAACCGGGCAACAGAAUGCACCAACCUGAACGAGCACAGCUCCCGCUCCCAUGCCCUCCUCAUCGUCACCGUCCGUGGCCUUGACCGCAGCACAGGGCUCCGCACCACAGGGAAGCUGAACCUGGUGGACCUGGCGGGAUCAGAGCGGGUCGGGCGGUCCGGUGCCGAGGGCAACCGGCUCCGCGAGGCGCAGCACAUCAACAAGUCCCUCUCGGCACUGGGCGAUGUCAUUUAUGCCCUGCGCUCCCGGCAGGGCCACGUGCCCUUCCGCAACUCCAAGCUGACCUACCUGCUGCAGGACUCACUCAGCGGCGACAGCAAGACCCUGAUGAUGGUGCAGGUCUCCCCCGCCGAGAAAAACACCAGUGAGACGCUGUGCUCCCUGAAGUUUGCUGAGAGGGUUCGCUCCGUGGAGCUGGGUCCUGUCUCCCGCAAAACCGAGCUGGCCUCCUGGCCCAGCCAGGAGCAGCUGGAGGGUGACGUGCCGGGGCCCACAGCACCCUCGGGCCGGGGCCAUCCGUCCCCCAGCCCAGGGCACCUCUCCAGCCGCGCCGCCUCCAUCCGCAGGAAGCUCCAGACCUCAGGGAAGCUGAGGCCGGUCCCUGUGUGACAAGUGCCAGCCUCAGCACCAAACCUGCUGCAGGACCUGGCCCCUCCUGGUGCUAUGGCAAGCCGGCUGCUGGAAGACACAAAGGCUGUGGUGCUGUCCCUCA